UGUUUGGACACCUGGCUGAUGCUUAUGUAAACCUGAUCUGCUAGAUCUUGACACUUGUACAAAUAUGUAUAAUUUUUUCAUUUGGAGUUGGUCCAAGUAGUGAAGAAAAGCAGUCAACAAGUGUACAUUCCUUCAAGACAUGUUGGUUGAAUGCGAUCCAGCCCAUACUACCAUUUAGUAUUACCAAUUAGGUUUUAAUUAUAAUAAAGAAUAAUACAGGUGUGUAAAAAGGUUUAAUUUUUAUUAUAUAUGAUCUUGCACGUGCUUGUGUUUAUUAAUGUAUGUGGCCCAAAGCUUAAAGGAGGGUUCAUAAGUGUAUAAUGUUUCUGUGUUUUCUGGGCUCCAGGCCAGCAGGUAAAUAUCCACGUGGGUGAAUGAGAGAGAGAGAGAGAGAGAGAGGGUACACCGAGUGUUGGGGGGCUUUGGCUGUGUAACUAAGUAUAAAUAUUUCACCUCCUUCUCCUAUUCCCUUUUGUUCAUCAUCUUAGCUGCUCAAUGGCCAACCCCUUUUAAUCCACAGCCGAACGAAUGAAACCCAGAGAGAAAGACAUCGGAGAGAUAUAAACUAGCAAAGCUCUAUUAGGAUUUACCGAAUGUGAAAGAAGAUUAUUUUUCUUUUUAAAUCUGACUAAUAUUGGAGAAAUUGGAUUAAAUGGCUGUGAAAAGGAGUGACGCAUUAUAAAAAUAUUUAUGUGAAAAUAAAAGGGGUAAGUAUGAAAUAACUAUGGAGAUGCUUACGCCAUCCUGUAAUGGAAAUGAUGAUGAAUUGUGUGAAUGUUGUGCUGCUUAACUGCUCACCAAGGUCAUGGGUUCAAAUCCCAAGGAAUUUGUAACCUGUCUUAGAUAAGGCUUCUGCGAUGCACAGUAAAUGUGCUCAUUUUAAAUGACGUUGGGUCUCUCCUGUAAAAGAGGUCCUGGUGUUCCUUGAGCUUUGGUGAAGGAUGUCACGAUUGAGCAGAGCUUGUUAAUGAACAAGCAGCAGAAGAACAGCAGAAUGCCACACAAACGAAAGAAGAACAAUGCUGAAUUUGAGAAAGUCGGUGGAGGGAAGAUGUCACGAGAUAGGUUUCCUCUGAUUGGUUCAUCGGGUGGCAAAACUGCAGGUAAAGCGAGGCCCGCUCUAUCCACUCCUCAAGGUCCCCCUCAGGUCGAAAUAAGAAGACGAGACCGUCCCCCCAUCUCCUCCGCCACCCUCCCCGACAGCAUGGCACCCUGGGAAGGCUCCUCCCACUCCGAUUCCUCCUUUGCCAGUUUCCCCACUCCACUUUCUCCCCUUCCUCCUGCUCACUCUUAUAAGCCAGUCGGUGCACGGGAGAACCAGCCCCAACCACCCCCUACUCAAAUCAAAAAUACUAAACUGGAGAAUGGGCAGAGUGCCAGGGUAAAACGUAAGCCCCUCCCGCCAAGACAUCCACCCAGACCUCCUAGGUUACCCCCUUUAAGGCAAAUCACAAGUCUGAGCUUUUCCCGUAGCUUCACAUUUUCUUUUUUUGAGCUGCCGGUUCAUCAGUCUGCACGGAACCGAGCAGAGAGACUCAAAGAUCUUACUGUGCUUUUAAAGCAGUUUCAGUACUGACGCUCAGUAAUGAGGAAAUAACACAGUAAAUCUAGUUAGAUUCAAAUUUACGAAAUACAUGCAAAUUCUGUUACCUUGAUCUUAAUUCGUGUUAAUGUAUAAAUUGGAAGAAAAAAUAUUUCCUGUUUGAGGCUUGUAAAGAUUUUUAAUGGUAAAAAUGACAAACGUUAAAGGAACAGUUCACCCCGAAAUUUGAAUGAUAAAUGAUCAAAACAAUUUAGUCAUCAUUUAUUCAUCCUCUUGUCA